UAUGGUUGGUCUUUUUGCGCAGAUGAAAGGAGGCGAUCAUGGCGGCGGGCGACGGCAAGGCGGGGGCGAGCGCGUACGCGAUCGCGAAGCGCGUCGGGGAGCGGCACGGCGAGGCGCUCCCGGGCAACUACCGCAAGGUGCUGGCCACGCAGCUCCGGGGCUUCGCCGCCAAGGGCCGGCUCGUCCGGGUCAAGGCCUCCUUCCGGCUCGCCCCCGCCGAGGAGAAGAAGGCCCUGCAGGCGGCGACGCCCAAGUCCAAGAAGAGGACGACCACGGCCAAGAAGACCGCGUCGAAGAAUGUGGCCCCGGCGCCGGCGCGCGCGAAGAGGGCGAAGAAGGCGGGGCCGCCGACGGCGAAGCCGAAGUCGAUCCGCGCCCGGAAGGCCAACAAGGCCAGCGCCUGAUGCCGCCACCGUGUCCCCUGUACAUAUCUCGGUAGUAGCAGUACGGAGUAGCGGCAUGUUCGAUCCAGCGCCCUGUUCUGUAAAUACCACCCGUGUGCGUGCGUUGCCGGCAAUAAUGGCGCGCUCGUGUGCCGGUGUUGAUGGACGCGAGGAAGGAGAAGAUGGUGAAUUUGGCUGUGGCCGCCAAUCUGUACGACUGAUGCUUGUACCACUCUGUCUCCGUGUUGUGAUCAUGCUCUGCUCCCUUCCCCUCUUCCGCCUUCGGUUGAUAUCAUGGCAAUGGAUAUCAAUGGAUGAAUGGAAGGAUCUUGUGGGGAGUUCUGGUCUUGGCAGGUGGUCAACCAGUUGAUGAUUCCUUAACAAUCGCCCAACAUCAGAGCAGCUCACGGAAAUAUUUGUAUAAUUUUGCUAAGGCAGAUGUGCCAUAAGUAUUACGCAUCUAAGUUCUAUGUUAUUGAUCUUACGUCGAGAUUCGUGUGGAUAUUUUUUUUUCUUUUUUCUUUUCCUCUUUAUGCUUAGAUUCACCCACUUAGACAUGCAAUAAUUAAAGUAUAUCUAGAUGUGUCCUAGACACAC